AUGGCAUCCGAAGCAGAGAAAACUUUCCAGCGGUUUGCUGUCUUUGGAGACUCAUCUAGUAGUGGUACUGAAAUGAACAACAAGAACUUCUCCAAGCUAUGCAAAGACUGUGGCAUCAUGGAUGGCAAGAUGGUCACAUCUACUGACGUGGACAUCGUUUUCAGCAAAGUCAAGGCCAAGAAUGCCAGAACCAUCACAUUUGCACAGUUCCAGGAGGCAAUGAAGGAGCUGGGCCAGAAACGGUUCAAAGGGAAGAAUCCAGAUGAAGCCCUCGAGAACAUUUAUAAACUCAUGGAGGCCAAGGACCCAGCCACUACCAGUGCUACUAAAGCCACAACGGUAGGUGGAGUGGACCGGCUGACAGACACCAGCAAGUAUACUGGUUCCCACAAGGAACGCUUUGAUGAGAGUGGUAAAGGCAAGGGCCUCGCAGGACGGGAAGACGUGACUGACAACUCUGGCUAUGUGAGUGGCUACAAGGGUGCUGGCACCUAUGAAAAGAAGUAG